UUUGUAAUUCUUACAAGAGGACGUGAUAGUGUUCAAGAUCAUGGAGAAUGAUUUUGCUCCUCGGGUAUUCACCCGAAGCCUCGAACGAGUUGAUGAAGCCAUGGAAGAAGGUGAUCCGGCUCAAAGGCGGGAGGCUUCUCGUGCCCUAGUCGAUGCUCCUGUUCGGGCGUACGAGAAUCGGAAUUCUUGGCAAGGGGCUGGUAUUUUGCCGUCAGAACGUAAACUCCAGGAACGCGCAGCUCGCUUCGGAGUUUCGAAUCCCCAGGUGAAGCGCCUUACUGAAGAAAACCUCGAGAUACUAUAUGAUAGUUGUCAAAUUCCUGAUGUCCAACGGACGGACAAGGAAACCGAUGAUCCCCCGAAAGCUGGUCGUUUCCGCUUGAAUGUUCUGCAUCUUCGUGGAACAGACGAACUCAGCACAGCAGAGAUCUUCGAAUAUUUCAGUUCAUACGGACCUCGUCGUGUUGAGUGGAUCAACGACACGAGCUGCAAUGUCGUGUGGGAGAACCGGUACGGAGCCGCCCGUGCGUUGGCAAACAUAAGCGUCGGUCUUGUGAGUGAAUCUGCGAAAUUUGCGCCCGUGAUCAAUAAGCUUGAAGAGGAGAUGGACUGCGAGGAUGGAGAAAUUAAUGAACCCGCCGUGCUGACGUUACCGAACGAAAAGCUAAUACAUCCGUCAGAAGUAGCCAUUGCGGUUCCACCGGGAUUCGUUUGGCGUCUUGGUCCUCCAUGUCCAAAGGCCAAUGUCAUAAUCAUCCGGUUUGCGACUGUUGAGGAUCGGAAGCGGCCAUGGGCAGAGAAACGCAGUGAUUUUUACAAGAAAUACGGGAACCCCAAUUUUGAUGGUAUGACCGGGUUGAUCUCGGAUUCUCGGAAGCGACGGAUCCAGGAAGAAAAGUCAAUGCGUCGUCAUUCCAAGCCGCAAUUUUCAAAAGAGAAUCCUUGGGGAGGUUUGAGUUCUUCGUGGUUAGACGACUGGACAACCGGACGGACUCCCCCUGCCCCGCCACCGUCCACACACUCUUCCAAGUCCUCCAUCGGUGGACGAGAUGCCGACUCAGAUUUGAACCUCCCGCUGAGCUCCGAUGCAGAUGAUUCUGAUGGUGUCGAAUGGGAGAGCCGCAAUAAGAAACCACGCCUUAGAAUGUAUGCUGAUGAAUUAGAGAAACGCGCCAAGGAGAAGGAAGAAGAGUUCGUCGAGUCCUCCGCCAGUUCUGCAUCACAGGUGGAUGCAGAGGAGCCCCGGCCGAGAUCCAGACGGUUGCGUCAUCGGAACGACAUGAAGCACUUGAUGGUGGAUCUCCGGCAGAGAUUAUCGCGAACUGACGAAUCUAAUGGGCUGCUGAGGAUGGACAAAAUCGUGCGUGUUACGAUACAAAACCCGGAACUGCGCGACAGGGAUGACGAGGAGUACGACGCCGAGUCCGACACUGAGCCUGUCGUCAGGCGCACGGCCACCGCGCGACGUCGCAGCACGGAUCUCAGGUCUCUGCCUUGA